GUGUGUGGGGGGGUGCACGAGGUUGUGGGAUGCAGACGGUAAAGCAACCAUUCUGUCUCGAGCUCUCCCAGCAUCAGCACCACGCGGUUCCACGCGCUCUCUGACUGGUUCCAAAGCGGAGAAGCGUAUCGGUUUCAACACAAGGCAACAGGUUUUUCUCGACCUCUAGGACAUAAGGGCUGAAUUGUCUUUAAAAUAAGAAUAAUUUCAGCGUCGAAAGGGAAGUUGGAAGGUAAUUACUGGUUUGCGAACAAUCCACAGCUGUUGCUGUUUAAUUUGGACAGUCAUGGACGCGCUAAUGAAGGGGUUCUCAAAAGCCAAGGAUGGGGUCGUGGCAGCGGCAGAGAAGACGAAGCAGGGCGUGACUGGGGCGGCUGAGAUGACAAAAGAUGGUGUUAUCUUUGUCGGCAACAAAACAAAAGAUGGAGUCACAACAGUUGCAGGUAAAACAGUGACUGGGGUGUCCCAGGUGGGCGGUGCCAUGGUGACAGGUGUCACAGCAGUGUGCAACAAGACUGUGGAGGGGGCUGGGAAUAUCGCUGCUGCGACCGGAUUGGUCAAGAAAGACCCAGCCAAACAGGAUGAAGAUGCUAUGUCUAAAGACUUGCCCAUCAACGAGUCUCCAGCAGACCCAGAGGGGGAUGAUGCUGCAGAGGGCGAGGUUCCUGUUUGUUCACAGUAAUGUUUUGGGGUUUCAUCCACCAUCAUCACCCAUUAUCACCCAUCAUCCACCAUUAUCACCCAUUAACCACCAUCAUCCAUCAUCAUCCACCAUUAACCACCAUCAUCCAUCAUCAUCCACCAUCAUCCAUCAUCAUCCACCAUCAUCCAUCAUCCACCAUCAUCAUCCAUCAUCAUCCAUCAUCAUCCACCAUCAUCAUCCACCAUCAUCCACCAUCAUCCACCAUCAUCCACCAUCACCCACCAUCACCCAUCACCCAUCAUCACCCAUCAUCUGUGGAGGAUUCUGAUGGCUAUUAGAGUACAGUGCAUUAUCUCACAACGAGCAUUAUCCAGCACUACUGUAACCAUCCAGACUCAACGAGUAAAACAUUCCAUGUCGCACUGCCAAGUCCCCUCGUGCCUCGUUGUGGUCCUCAAUGGAGUCUGUGCUGUGUGUGUGACGAUAUGUGUGUGUGUGUAUAGCCUACGUCAGUGUGUGUGUGAGAGUGUGUAUAUUUGUUUCUGUACAUCAGUGAGUGUGUGUGUGAUGGUGUGUGUACUUCAGUGUGUGUGUGUCCUGGUGUCUCAGUCAGUCAGUCAGUCCUGAGGGCAGUCUAUAUGCCCUUCUGGUCCAGCUGUCACCUUCAGUGAAAAGCUGUUAGUGAAUACUGUAUACAGUAUACUCUGUUCAUAGUGAAUACUGUAUACACCACUCUGUUCAUAGUGAAUACUGUAUACACCACUCUGUUAAUAGUGAAUACUGUAUACACCACUCUGUUAAUAGUGAAUACUGUAUACACCACUCUGUUAAUAGUGAAUACUGUAUACAGUACACUCUGUUCAUAGUGAAUACUGUAUACAGUAUACUCUGUUCAUAGUGAAUACUGUAUACACCACUCUGUUAAUAGUGAAUACUGUAUACACCACUCUGUUAAUAGUGAAUACUGUAUACACCACUCUGUUAAUAGUGAAUACUGUAUACACCACUCUGUUAAUAGUGAAUACUGUAUACAGUACACUCUGUUAAUAGUGAAUACUGUAUACAGUACACUCUGUUAAUAGUGAAUACUGUAUACAGUACACUCUGUUAAUAGUGAAUACUGUAUACAGUACACUCUGUUAAUAGUGAAUACUGUAUACAGUACACUUUGCUAAUAGUGAAUACUGUAUACAGUACACUCUGUUAAUAGUGAAUACUGUAUACAGUACACUCGUUUAAUAGUGAAUACUGUAUACACCACUCUGUUAAUAGAGAAUACUGUAUACACCACUCUGUUAAUAGUGAAUACUGUAUACAGUACACUUUGCUAAUAGUUAAUACUGUAUACAGUACACUGCUAAUAGUGAAUACUGUAUACACCACUCUGUUAAUAGAGAAGACUGUAUACACCACUCUGUUAAUAGUGAAUACUGUAUACACCACUCUGUUAAUAGAGAAUACUGUAUACACCACUCUUUUAAUAGAGAAUACUGUAUACACCACUCUUUUAAUAGUGAAUACUGUAUACACCACUCUGUUAAUAGAGAAUACUGUAUACACCACUCUGUUAAUAGUGAAUACUGUAUACACCACUCUGUUAAUAGUGAAUACUGUAUACACCACUCUGUUAAUAGUGAAUACUGUAUACAGUACACUUUGCUAAUAGUGAAUACUGUAUACACCACUCUGUUAAUAGUGAAUACUGUAUACAGUACACUCUGCUAAUAGUGAAUACUGUAUACACCACUCAUUUAAUAGUGAAUACUGUAUACACCACUCUGUUAAUAGAGAAUACUGUAUACACCACUCUGUUAAUAGAGAAUACUGUAUACACCACUCUGUUAAUAGUGAAUACUGAAUACAGUGCACUCUGCAAAUAGUGAAUACUGUAUAGUGAUCAACCGCUGACAGUCCUGCACAGAUUAUCACUAUAUGUGAAGUGCACUGUAUUACAAUUUAUGAAAAAGCACCUAAGUAGCUACAUAAUGAUAUAACGACUAUAUGAAUUUGAAAUUAAGUAUACCAUACUCUAUUUUUGUGUGUAAAUCUUCACAGUUGUUUGUGGUGGACUACAGUGCUAUAUGAGGUAUUUAUGGAUUCAUAUGCUGUAUUUUGAUGUUCUGUGAACGCUCUAAGAGACUCUGGGUUGAGGUCAGUGAUAAAGAUAAAAUAUUGGGUGGAGUUUGAAACAAACACAAGCAUGGAACCAAACAAUUCAACUAACUGUAACAUGGAGUUUAGUUACAUUUGUUAAAUGUUGAAUAAAGUAUAAAUUAAAAAAAUGAAGAAUA